UAGAUGCUGCUUCCGGAGAAGGGGUGCAAGUGGAAGAGCAGGAAGACGAAAUUAUAAAGUUAGGACUUCACUUCGUUUAUGACAAAGCAUUUGCGAAGCGCGCCCUCUUCAAAGUGAACGACAGCUUCGACGCCUACUUCACUGCACUCACAAGAGCCGCCCAGGAGUACUUCAAGCUACAUGACAGUCCAAAAAUCCGCCUCACACUUGUCGGAUCGUCAAAACUCGAGGAGGAAGACAUAAUUAAAAACACUACCAUUAACGGAACAAAUCAAUUAGACGCGGAGGAGACUCUGAACAAGCUCGACUUGAUAAUGGCGUGGAACGAAACGCUGAACUCCAACGUCGACAUAGUGUUUCUUGCGACAGGGAUGCAGCUGAAGAUCACAGAAUCAUAUAGGACCGGAGAGUGGUACGGACUAUCUUUUCCCCGAUCCAUCUGUUUCGGGAACGCUUCAGUGGGACUCAUUCACGACGAUGGAGCUACCUUCAACGGGGUGCGCCUCACAGCCCUUCAAGUAGCUCUUCUGAUAGGAGCAAAUAAAGAUAAUGGCAAGUGGCGCGAAUGCCCUGAAGAUGAGGACCAAUACCUGACAUCCUCGGCGAGUGGGGGGCGCCGACCGUACCUGUCUGACUGCAGCAAAGCGUCUAUUCGAGACUUCUAUUAUCGUGUAAUAGACAGCCAUGACGUUUGUUGGAAGGACGCACCAACUCCUGCUCUCACUCCCGAAAAUAACAACUUUCCCGUGGAGUUCUACAAGAAAUUUGACUGUGAUAUCUGUCACGUAACGGAGCAUAUCAAGAAUAACACUGGCGAAGCCUUAAAUUGUUCGCUGUCUACAAUUAAUCGGAACGUCGACCCGUGGCCAACGACGACGGAGAGCAGCUGGCACCGUGCAGCCAGGAUACGACGCGAACGGUAUUACAGACGGAACCCGACGACACGCUCACCUUACCAAGACUGCACACAGUCCUGCUGCCGGUUCGUCCGUCUCGAAAACCGCACUGGUGGGUACUGGAACUGCUGGGACACACGUGCCGCUGACGGCACUGUAUGUGAUUCGCUAAGGGUGUGCUUAGACGGCGUGUGCGCCUAACUUCACCGAGGAAUUCGAAUGAUAAUAAGCAUUGCCGUUGCAUAUCAUGAUUUGCGUCUACGCUGCCUCUGUUGCUUCUGCAAGUGUCUUUUCUUCCACUGCAGUAUUCUUUUUUUUUUCAUUCUUUUUUUUUUUUGAUGACCUGUUUUACCAACUUGACAAAAAUAAAAGAGAAUAAGCCUGUGUCAAGAGUAUGC